AUGAGUCGUAUCAACGUGACCCACGGCGGUGCUCAGAAUUAUCCGUGGAGGCGGAUUGCCCCUGGCACCUAUACUCAAGACUACGACAGCUUUCUGACUAUGCAGCAUAUGUGGAAUAAGUUGGACGCAUCAGGACGACGUCUGCUGCAGUCAACGUCAUAUGUUAGGAUCCAGACAGAGAUUCCCGACCUGGAACUUGAGCAGCUGUUGCGCAAUGCUUGGGUGACCAUGCGAUACGAGAAUCCAGGCCUCGCCCUGGAGCUUGAGGAAUACUACAAGGUUUACAAGAUUCCUUACCCUGAAGAGGUGGAUGAGUGGUUGAGUGGCACCUUUCAUACAUUCCCGACCAUGACGGCCGAAGAGGCCCAAAAGCAGCAUCUCCUUCCCGAGAGCAAUCCUCACCUGUACUGGCUGCCGCAGAACAAAGAGCUUCUUCUUGUCGGUCAGCAUUGCUACUUUGAUGCGAGAACCAUGUGGGUCUUUUGGGGGAAGCUCCUCGAUCUUGUCGUCAGCCCUAGGGACGUUCACUUUGGGGACGAAUGGAAGCGUCUUCCUCUAGCCCGGGACGACCUUAUCGGCAUGGCGCAAUACCCCACCAUGGACGGAUACGCCAAGGCACAGACGUUGGUUCGUAAAGCGCUACACGCAGAAGCCGGCAAGCAGUUUAUCGCCCUGCCUCCUUUGAACAUCAAGACGAGCCCUGACGGGAAGAAUUCUCCUAGCGGUGCAGACCGCAAUGGGUUACUCAGAUAUUCCAUCACUGUGCCCCAGACAGAGGCUCUGGUGAGGGCCUGUAAGCAAGCAGGUGUGUCCGUUACAGCGGCGUACUAUACCGCUCUAUCGAUGAGCUGCCGCAAGAUUCAAGCUGAACACGGGACACCUGGAGACUUGGCUUUGUCCUUCCAUAAUUUCGAUGCGCGAUCCUGGUUUGCCAAGGAGGUCGAUAUUGAUUCUCUGACGCUGGGUACCGACCUGCAUGGCGUCCUUCCUUUCUGCCUGGAUCUCAGCAGCGGUUCGUUUGAAAACGUCGCUGGCGCCGCAAAUGACAACUUCAAGACCUUGAGGGACACGUUUGCGAAGGACUACCUUGGCUUAGAUGCUAUCAACCACCUGUACAAGUCCUUUUUUGUCCCUGGCAUGCCGAUAUCAACCUUUCCCAACUUUUCCAGUUUCGGGAUUGCCGAGAGGUUCCUCAAAAGCAGCUUUGGUGAUCCUACGCGCCAUUCCAUUACAGUCGAGGAUACCUACACGGUUAAUCAUUCCAUGCUGGAAGGCAUGAGCUGUGUCACAAUUUGGACUUGGCAAGGACGAUUCCAUGUCGCUGUCACCUACAAUGAGGCUUAUCAUACGGAGGAGAUGUUUCAGAAGCUCAUGCGAGACUCUUGUGAUACUAUGUUGCAAGGACUAGGAAUAAGUCUGAAUGACGAAAACGGCGAAGCGGCUGGACUCUAG